UUUGCCUUGAGCUUCAAGGAAAUGCGUUUGCAUGAAAUCAGUUGAUAUUUAAAGGAACGUGUAAGGGCCUAAAUAGUGUUUGAGGCGGAUAGAAAAGCAGACAGAAAAUGAGGCUUACAGUGUUUAUCCUGUUGGUUAUGGUUUCAUGCUGCCUUGGUCACAAAGGGAGGAGUCAAGACAGAUACCGUUAUAGCAAGAACUACAGGUUUAGAAGACCGACGAUUUUUCCCAAUCCUUUUACAAGUACAAUGAUGCCGCGAACGACGACAACAACAUUGCCGCCACCAAGCAGACCAAUCGAUUCCCGAGACGACAUUGAUUCCGCAAGGAUCGGUGUCAGAAUACCACCACGAGAGUGUGUCAUAUCCUAUAGCGAUUUCGUAACGCACGUUGCUGACAUGGACUAUAUCUCUCCCUACGGUAUUGACAACGACUAUCCUAUAAGUGAAUUAAUUUCAUUCAAGUGGGCAGUCAAGUGGAAGCUGAUAAACGACACUCAUAUUGAUAGACUCGGAAGUUAUUGGGAUGAUACUACAAAAAUGUGUGGUUUCCUUGACUCGACGUUCAAACGAAUUGAUGAAACAAAAGCAAUUUUUGGCCCAGCAACAGGAGCCACCGGCGCGUUUGUUACAUCUACCAGGAAAGAUUACAUAUUGAGUUUUGAUGUGCAAAAUCACGUUAUGCAAUACGUUUGCUAUAGUGGAGUAGAUGAGAGCAGGUGUAAGGACGCUGAGAUUUUCCUUUUGGUCAAGGAACAGAGACCAAACCAACCGGGCAGUGAUGGUAAAGUUACUGGGGAGAUUUGUUUGGACGACAUAGACUGGCGCCUGAUUGAAGAAACCUUCAAAAACUGUUUGGGACAGCAGUUUGUAGACGAUACAGACCCACAAAUCAUGUGGCUUUGGGAGAAUGAUGGCGAGGCAACUGAGGAGUGCGCAAAGCCAGGAACACCUGCUUUUCGGAGUAGUCUAAAGUAGAUGAUCACGGAAAAUUAGCCGCCACAUCGGCUCUCGUUCCAGUAUUUGGCUACCCAUGCUAUUUUACAUUUUGAUUUCAUUGCGAUUCGUAUUAUUUACUUCAGAGUUAUUUCUGCGGAGAUCUCGGAAGAGAAUCUUUCCAACCUUUCCAACAAUCAGUUGAUGAGUAUUUCUGUUCUGUUUUAAAAUUUGAAUGUCGAUUCAGACAAACGAUGUUAUUCAGUAAACGUUCGUGGUAUGACAUUAAAGGAAAUAAAUUAGAGUCGAUA